AUGAAACUAUCAAACAUAAUCGCUGCCAUCAUCGGCCUCGCCGCCGCCGCCGGAGUCGACGCACAAUACCAUCGAUCCCGCAAGUGGACAAACUGCCACAGCGCCAUCGGCGGAACCGGCACCGAAGGCCUCAAAAAAGUCCACGCGCUGUUCAACGAGCUAUGGGGGCCAGCUCGCCUCAGAAUCCAGCAUCAGGCGUCGUACGCCGUCCUCUGUGACGGAUACGUCUUUGGCAUCGCAAACGACGGCGAAGUCGGCUACUUUGAGACGCCUGGUGAGCGAACCCUAGCGGCCCUGGAAGACACUGGCACGGCGAGCGAGUGUCGGUGGUACACGAGGGCGCACGACUAUUCGCACUAUUACUUCUUUGGUCGGGAGGGCGAGUACAUGCUGGACAAUAGAGCCUACAUUCGGCGCUGCAAGAAGCAGUAUAGACCUUGGGAGCACCAGUAG